AUGCUGCCCCGCCGCCUUCCCUCAUGCUGCCCCAUCGCCUUCACUCUCGCUGCAUUAGUGCCUCACCGAUACGUUCACUUUCCUCAACUCUCAGACACUCUAACACCUCACUCUAUCACCCUUUCCCUCCCACCCUCACCCCUAUCGCCCCUCCUCUUCAGCGGAGCGAGCUACAACUACCUGUACGGCCCCGUGCCCAAGCUCGGCACGGCUCUCAAGACCAUCGACGUGCAGAAGAACUGGCUGUCUGGCACAUUCCCCGGCACUGGCUUCCUCUCUUGCUCUGCCUCCUCCAACUGCCUCGCCAGCUCAGGCGCAUGCAACACCACAGGCACCACGCAGUGCCCAUUGGCUUCUUGCGCCGUCUGUGACUCUCCCAAGGGCACCGAUCCCAUCUGUGCCGGCGGCACCUGUGCUCCCAACACUGCCGGCCCUCUUGCCACCUCCACCACCCCCACUGCCACGUCUCCCAUUCUCCCACGCUUCUGCAUGGGUGUGCCUCUAGAUGCAGUGCAGGCCAGUAUUCUGCUCUCUGUGAAGACAGCUCUUGGCGUCACCCUCACUCAGUGGUCUGCCAGUACCCUUGGAAUGACCUCCAAGGCAAAUCCCCUUUCCAGCGAGUUCAGAAACAGGCCAAGCCGCUGGGGCGGCGGCGCCUGGGAGGGAACGGGUCGGGCAGGGACAGGCUUCUGCAGGUGGUUUCAGGGCAGGCGGGCCUGUGCACGAUUCAAGGCCAGACGCCCGUCCCCGGCUCCUGGCCGGGCGUGUUCUGCUCUUCUGCCGGCAUGGUCGUUGGCCUCCCGUGUGUGCUACGCUUUGCCCAUCGCUGUCCUCAAAACCGCCACUCUAACUUCCCCUGCUGCUGUCUCUGCGUCUGCUGCUGCAUCUGCCGCUGAUCCGUCUACCUCUGCUGCUCCGCCUGCCUCUUCUGCUCCCUAUACCUCUGCUGCUCCCUCUGCCCCUGCUGUUCAAUCGCCCCUCUGCUUGGUGGGCAGGGAACUUCGGAGUUUCCUGCCGCGAGGCACCGUGCACGCCGACAUCUCCAAGCUCACCACACUCACUGCGCUCUACCUGUCAUCCAACCUCUUUUUACAGCGUCUAGACUCCUUUGUGGCUCCUAUUCUGCCCACGGUCUCUAUCAAGGACCUGGCUGUGAGCUUCAACUGGUUCUAUGGCUCAGUGCCAGCCAAGCUUGUGACCAUGGCCGCCCUCUCCAAUCUUCGCCUCAGCUACAACUAUCUGACAGGCUCGCUGCCCAAGCCUGGUGCCACCCUCAAGUUUAUCGACACGCAGGCCAACUUCCUCUCGGGCACUUUCCCCACGGCCACACUAGCCUGCAACACUCGCCUCAACUGCUUCUCCAACGCCUCAGGCUGCGUCAACGUGGAUGAAACAGAACAGCGGACAGCCGUAGAGUGCAGCAUAUGUGGGUCACCACAGACGCAGCAGGGGCUGUGUGGAGGUGGCACCUGCUUGCCUGUCCUUCCUCCUUCUCUUGCUAAGGUUCCCAACAGUGCUGCUGCCCCCUUACUCGUGAUGACAUGUGCUGCUGUGCCCCUUGAUGCAAACUCUGGGGCGGCUCUUGGGGUGAGAGAUACGGACUGGUGCAACGGCAGCAAGUGCAACAUUGAGGGGCAGAGCGCCAACCCCAAGUCGUGGCCGGGCGUGUGGUGCAGCGCCAACGGCACCGUCCUCAACAUCACGUUGCCCAACAAGGCACUGAGGGGAAUCAUCCAUGCCGACAUCUCCAAGCUCACUGCCCUCUCCUACCUGUAA